AUGCUGAGAAGAUCUUGUUUUUUUCUAAGACGAUUUGCUUCAGAUCACUCUCAACAAUCAAGUAGGCUCACAGGCUUGCUUGCUCCUGAAAGAUUUAGAAGAAAAGAGGACAAAGAUCACGUUGAAAAUCUGCUGAAAAACCUCAGUGACCUUGAUGCUGACUCCCACCUCAGUGAGCGAACAAAUAAAUUUUGUUCACUUAUUUUAAAAUUAAAAAAAUCCAUUGCAAAAAUUGGGGAGUAAAAAUUAAUUUAUUUAAUGUGAAAAAUUAUGUUUAAGCUGUUUAAAAUUAACCAGAAAUAGCUAAAGAUUUCAUCAUAUAAUAAUUAUCACUUAUAUAUCAAUUUUUUUGGCUUUUGGGUAAAAAAUAUGGAAUUUUUAAAUGGUUUUGUUAGCUUACGGAGGGGGGAGUGAGAAAAAAGUAAAGCCUGAAGAAAAUUGCUGGCAUUAUGGUAAAGCUGAACAAGACUGGGAAGACCUUUGCAACCCUGGCAAUUAUCAGUCCCCAAUCAACGUCGACCCCGGCCACACUUACAAAGGAAAUGAAGUUCUAGAAGUUUCUUUUUACCCACUCCAAACACGAUAUGUCCCUCAAACCAAAACUGGAAGAUUCACUACAAAAACCUUUAUCGUCCAAGGUAAUUUUGGCACUUUGACUAUAAAUCCUUUGCUCGACCCAGUCCCACGUCAAUUUGACAGUCUUCAAUUCCAUUUCCAUGCCCCUGCUGAACAUUUGAUAAAUGGGGAUAGGCAUGAUCUAGAAAUGCAUAUUGUACAUUCAGAACGAGGAAGACCUAUAGUGGAUUUUCUAUAUUAUUUAUGCCCUUUUUGCAUUCUAUUAAAUCAAGCUUUAUAGGUAAAAUUAUAGAAAAAUGGUAAAUAAUAUAGCCAAUCCACUAUAAUAAUAUGGCUGUCGUUGGGUUUUUCUUUAAAAACGAUGGAGUUACGAACCCAUUUAUUGAACAAGUUAUGCAUAGCUUGGAUAAACCGACAUUGAUGGAUCUUGAUAUGCUGAUUCCUAAAGAAAAGAUGGGAGUUUAUCUAUAUGAAGGCUCAUUGACAACUCCUCCUCUUACACAAGGGAUUUUGUGGUUUCUUGUAUCAAAUCUGCAUUCCAUAAGCAAAAAACAGUUGGAGUUUUUCAGGUCACAGUGGGAAAGGAACCCUGAGUUUGCAGAGGGAAGAGGGAACAACCGAGAAGUCCAGCCUUUAAAUCGAAGAAAGAUAUUGUAUUUUGAUUAA